CGUUCCGGAUCCCCAAUCCCACGAAUACCAGCAUACGCAAAAUUUCGUUCUGUUACUUUACCAUUCUUUUGCUUUUCUUCUCUCCACCUUUGUUUCUGUACUCCUUCCAUUGACUUGUCAACUUUUUACACCACACACUCAAUACGUCUUGGUUGUUUCCAACAUCGCCUCACAAUAUACAUGACUCAUUGCUUAGACAACGGCCAUGGCCCGCUCUAAGGAGAGCUCCAAAGUGAAGUCAAGAAAGGCUGGCCGUCGUGGAAGUCAGAUGUCAUGGAACGAUAACAAUAUCAACACUGUAUGCCAAAACCAGACCUCCGUCUCUACUCCCUCCCCUGCUGUUCAAGCUGACACUAUCUCCUCACGUCAGCUGUGGCAAAUCAUCAUGCGCACCCAGCAGGUGAACCUCGACCUGAACCUAGCUGAGAUUUCCGCUGCUUGGCCCACCCAACCCCGCCCCACGAUCCUUGCGUUAGAACAGCAGCUGGCCAACUUCCGUCGUCAUCUGCGCCCUGGAAACAGCGUGGUGCUCCGCCGUGGUGACAUCAACGCAGCCAUGAGUUCCCUGGCCACUGCCAAUGCUCAUGCUCAUGCUGCCCCGACCGUGAAUGCCCACACCCAUGUAUUUUCCAUCAAUGGCGGUGGCAAUGGCAACACUACAAGCGACGCAACAGCUCACGCUCACCCUCAUACCGACAUCAUCCCUGGUGUCCAGGGAAUAGCAGGUCCUAGCAAUGCUAACGGUAAUGACCAUCAUGCCAUCACUAGUGACAAUGCGGGUUGGUCCUCCCCUCCUCCCUUGCAGAUACACAGGGCUAAGGAGUCUCAGGUGCCAGCCGCGUCCGGCGAGCCUCCCCUCGGCUGGGGUCCGGCUCCCGAACCACCAGCCAGGCCAUUGGAGCUCAGCAGGACAGCUAGCAGUCGCGUCGUGACUAGAACUUAUUGGCCUCACCCUUCUUUGGCUCGUCGUUACUUAACAUAUUGUGACUGUGGAAGUUUGACUUGCUUUUACUGCUACGAGAAGUUCAUGGGCCAGCGGUAG